CCUGGGGGUGGUCUGUCCAUGCGUGUGUCUGAGUCUCUGGUCUGUGUGUGUGUGUGUGUACGCCUGGCUCUGGGUCACGAAGUUCUCCCAUCUCCUGGGAGAGCCUGCAGGUCAGCUGGGAGCUGGGUUGUUUUUGUUUGUGGUUUGACCUUGGGAGGGGGGUGCCAAGCAUAAGAAACUACCCCCUCAGAAGCCCCCGGAAACACCUGUGUGUCCUCUUUCCCCGGGGGCCCAACGUGGAGGCUACAAGGAGGGGGCUGCCGCUCGUUUCUCUUGUUCCUUCGGGGACAGGUUGUCCCUGGAAAGAAUUUUACCCAGUAAGUCGAGUGACAGCACACCCUCUGUGUCUAUGAUCUAGGGACUUUGUGGACCGUUUGGCAAAGGGGGAAAGGAAAGGGUAUUUAGAAAGGAUACCUGAGGAGGGGGGAUCGCCAGCCUUCUGGCUGGUUUUUUCCUGUUCUCUCUCAUUUCCUGUCAUGGCCGUGGGGGAGGGGCUCCCCAGCAGUGGGGCCUCUGCCUCGUUCCCCUUCCUCCUGGUGACCUCCUGGGGGCCCAGCUCUGAGUGCCACCGGAUGUGCAGAGACAAGGUAGUUGGCUGUGGUCAGCCCUUAGGACUGAGUCCUUUGGGGAUUCCCAAGCAGCAGGAGGGACUGUUACUUGCCUUGGCAUUUAGGGGAAGGAAGCCCAACUCCUCUCCCCUGCACUUGGACACGGCUAGACAGGCUGAGGGAGUUCGGGUGCAUUCUCACAGGGGGCCGAGACCUUCAAAGGGGAGACGUGAGUGGUAUGUCCUGGGUUGCUCCAAGUCACUGAGCUACAGACCGGAGAGAGCGGGACAUUGUCUUGGCAGGCUGUCUGUGCCUGGACUCCGGAGCACCCACCAUGACGGGGCUGCUGAAGAGGAAGUUUGACCAGUUGGAAGAGGAUGACUCCUCUCUCUGCUCAUCCUCAUCUUCGUCCUCCUUGGGCCGCCGCUCCGGCUCCUGCUCCCCAAGCUCUUCAGUCUCCCCCGCCUGGGAUUUGGAAGAGGAUGGCCCCUGGGGUCCGACGCCCCUGCCUGACCAAAAUGUCGGUGGCCCCCGGAGUUUUACCCCCUUGUCCAUCCUGAAGCGGGCUCCCCGGAAGCGCCCAGGACGAGUAGUCUUCGAUGGCAUCACCGUCUUCUACUUCCCUCGGUGCCAGGGCUUCACCAGCGUGCCCAGCCGUGGCGGCUGCACUCUGGGCAUGGCCCCUCGCCACAGUGCCUGCCGCCGCUUCUCCUUGGCUGAGUUCACAAAGGAGCAGGCCCGGACUCGGCACGAGAAGCUCCGCCUGCGCUUGAAGGAGGAGAAGCUGGAGGUGCUUCGAAGCAAGCUUGCAGAUGCUGGGGCGCCUGAGACAGAGGCUGGCCUGCCACUGACAGUGGACGCCAUUGAUGACGCCUCUGUGGACGAGGAGCUGGCAGCAGCUGUGGCAGGUGGCCGGUUGGAGGAGAUGACCUUCCUGCAGCCCUACCCGGCCCGGAAGCGGCGGGCCCUGCUGAGGGCUGCGGGCGUGCGGAAGAUCGAUCGAGAGGAGAAGCGGGAGCUGCAGGCUCUGCGCCAAUCCCGGGAGGAUUGUGGCUGUCGCUGUGAUAGGGUCUGUGACCCUGAGACCUGCAGCUGCAGCCUGGCGGGCAUCAAGUGCCAGAUGGACCACACAGCAUUCCCCUGCGGCUGCUGCAAGGAGGGCUGUGAGAACCCCAAGGGCCGAGUGGAAUUUAACCAGGCACGGGUCCAGACCCAUUUUAUCCACACGCUCACCCGCCUGCAGCUAGAGGAGGGGGCUGAGAGCCUUGGGGAGCUGGAGGCCCCAGCCCACGAUGGCCCACCCAGCCCCAGUGAGCAGGCCCUGGCCCCCACUUUCCCACUGGCCAAGCCCCCUGUGAGCAGCGAGCUGGGAGACCACAGCUGCAGCAGCGACAUGACUGACUCCUCCACAGCAUCAGGCACUGACGAGCCUCUGGAUGGCCCUGCCCACCCGGCCCUGCCCAGCCCUGGCUUCCAGCCUGGUGUGGAUGACGACAGCCUGGAGCGCAUCCUGAGUUUCAGUGACUCUGACCUGGGUGGUGAGGAGGAGGAGGAGGAGGAGGAAGCAGGUGUGGGGAACCUCGACAACCUCAGCUGCUUCCACCUCGCCGAUAUCUUCAGUACUGGAGACCCUGGUGGCCUGGCCAGCUGGACCCACAGCUAUUCCAGCUCCAGUCUCACAUCGGGUGUCCUGGAUGAAAAUGCCAACCUGGAUACCAGCUGUUUCUUCAACAGCAGCCUCGAAGGGUUGGGAGAAGGAAGCCUCCCUGGCAUCUCGGUGUCGCCGGGCACGGACGCCGGCCAGAGCCACUCAGUGGACCUCAGCUUGUCUUCCUGUGACUCCUUUGAGCUGCUCCAGGCCCUGCCUGACUACAGUCUGGGGCCUCACUACACCUCCCACAAGGCGUCCGACCGUCUGGACAACCUGGAGGUACCCCACUUCCCUUCACCUGCCUUCUCCCCGCCCGUGGACACCAGCGUCUGCUUCUUGGAAUCCAUCAUGGGCUUUUCUGAGCCAGCCGCCGAGGGCCUGGUUCCCUUCCUGGACGGCCAGUUGUUCGAGGACACUGCCCCGGCACCCCUGGUGGAGCCCGUGCCUGUGUGAGGACCAGGGGGCCUGUUCCCGGCCCGAAGGCCCUGUUGCUGCUGUCGUAAUGUCGGGGCUCCCUGAGGCCUGUAUGUGACGGUCUCCCAUUGGCUGGUUCACCCACAUGGGCACUCCUAAUUUUCAUGCAACACUCUGGAUGGAUUUAUUAUUUAUUUUUAUAACUUUCUAUGCUGAAGAGAGGGUGGGAGGGGGCUUCCCCCUUUAGCCGCCGAGCCCCCAGUGCCCACAGUCUCUUCCACCUCCGUGGCCCGUGCCAGGAAGAGGAGGGUAUGAUGUUUCUUAGCCCAAAGAUGGCGGGACAGGGCUGGAAACAUCCACCUCUUCUGGCCUCUGCCACCCUGAGCCCUAGCCCCUCUGGGUGGCUGAAUCCUCUGGACUGUGAAGACUAUAAUUUAUUUCCAUAAUUUAUUUGGAGACUAGGUGGCUCAGGCUUCUCAUCCCUGGCUGGUAGGCAGUGCUGGUUUCUGGGCAGGGCUCAGACCCCACGAAUCCCUUGCAGCCCUGCAGCCCUGCCCUGCUUGGUCUUGCAUCUAGACCAGGUGUGGAUUCGAGCCCUAUGUCUACUGUGGCAGCUGCCUGGCUCUGGAUGGCUGAGCAGGGGAGGGACCAGCCUGACCAACCGUGACCAAAACCCUCUUCUGACCCACUCAGCCCCCCCACUUCCUGUCCUUUGCCUGUCUCUCCCCUCCCGCAGGGGCCACAGCCUCCAUUCCGGGCCCAUCUGGGUAGGAAGGGGAAGCGGGAGAGGGCCAGGGGUGUGCCUCGGGACCGGCCCACAGCAUGGCCCCUGAAGACUGUGGGCUUUCUGGGCACUACACUCUGGCCCGGCCCACCUGCUGUGCCCUCAGGCCAGUUGGCCAGAGCAAGAGGUGGUGCCUUAUGGCUUUUAUGCCUGUUUGCUGAUGUUGAAAUUUGCAUCCUAAUUUCUAUAUUGUCUCUGAAUAUUCGAACUAUAAUUUAUUCAUUUUUCUCUGUGUCUGUGCCAAGAAGCCCGGGCUCUGGGCCUGCCCUCUUGCCCAGGAGGCCUUGCCAGCCCGCGUGCUUGUGGGAACACCUUGUACCUGAACAUAACAGGUACCAAUAAAGAGGCUCUAUUUUUAA